CUUGAUGUCACCCAGUCACCCUUAUGGUUCAGAUUAUCCAUAACGGAAAGCAAAGGGAAGAAGGUGAUGAGUCUGAUGACACACAGGUGUCGUUGUCAUCUAUCUAAGACACAUUCAGCCAUCAAUAUGCCACUCCUAUUCCUAUCUACUAUAUAUAAUAGUAGAAGGAAGAUAUACAUAUAUAAUCACCAUCCUCAAAUCUCUCACAAGAGCAAAGAACAGAGCUCACGCAGGCACACACCCACAUAGUAAGCAUCAAAGCAAUGACGACGACGACGACAACUUUCUCUCUUAAUCUCUCUCUUCCCCAACCGAAUCAUCCUCAAAACCUCAAUAACAGAAAUGCGCGAUCAUCGUUGUUACCAGCAGCGAAUUCCCAGUGUCAGAUACGAAGAGGAAGUAGCAGUCGCACCAGGAACAGAACUUCGAACUUCAGAUGGGUGAUCACAGUGGGAGAGAAUGUGCAAUCCACGGCUGUUCCGACAUCUGUGCCGGUCAGAGUUGCACACGAGCUUCUUCAAGCUGGACACCGUUAUCUGGACGUCAGGACACGUGAAGAAUUCAGUGCUGGACAUGCUGUUGGGGCAAUUAAUAUUCCGUACAUGUUCAGGGUUGGAUCAGGGAUGACAAAAAACCCCAACUUCUUGGAGGAAUUAUUGUCACUUUUAGCAAAAGAUGAUGAAAUUAUUGUUGGAUGCCAGAUUGGGAAAAGGUCAUUCAUGGCUGCAAGUGAUCUUGUGUCUGCUGGUUUCACUGGAAUUACUGACAUAGCUGGUGGAUAUGCUGCUUGGACACAGAACGGACUUCCAACAGAGUCAUGAAGCCUCCAUGAGGGCAGCGGCACAUCUGUUGAACAUGAUUGUGGACCACAACAAGACUUGAGAAGAUUAUAGACAUUUACCUAGAAGUGUAAGCAUGGAUAAUCCAAUAAAAAAGUUGUAUAGUAUCAUACAGGCAUAUUUGGUAGAAAACUUUUAGUUUAAAUCCCUUCCAUAACAAUCUCAAAAUGUUAAUUUUAGUUGUUUCCUCUAUGUAGUUUGUGUUUCUAAGAUGUCAGUAUGGUACUAGACAUCGGUCCUUCAAAUUAAAAGUCUUGCAUUGUGAAUUUAUGAAAGCCCACCUUGUAUGAAUUCGAAAGACUUUUUGAGGGAGAUUUCUUUGAGAAGAAUGUGAUUUCAAGAAAAGAAUUUAUGCAAAUUCAGAAUUAAUAUAAG